AUGGUUAAGACGCUUCCGGCAGGGCUGUAUGCUCCAUUACCUGUCUUUUUCACUGACGAUGAUAAACUGGAUCUAAACGCAUAUAAAGAGCACGCCAAAUAUGUCGCCGCGGCUGGAGUUUUGCCCGUCGCCUCAGCAAGCAUAGGCGAAGCGGCACACCUGGAUCGUUCUGAACGCAUUGAAGUCAUCAAAGCAUUGCGCGAUGCUCUAGAUGCCAUUGGUUUACACAAAACUCCAAUAGUCGCGGGUGUCGGCGCCACAAGCACCCGUGAAACUAUCCAACUAGCAAAAGACGCGGCUUCUGUAGGGGCAGAUUUCGUCCUUGUAGUUGCACCAGGCUACUAUGCAGGAGUUUUGAAAUCCAACACGGCAGCGAUGCGAAAUUUCUUCGUUGAUGUUGCUGCUGCAUCGCCCGUGCCAGUCAUUAUUUACAACUACCCCGGUGUAGCGGCUGGAAUAGACCUUGACAGCGAUGAUGCUACAGCCAUCUCCAAAGCUGCACCAAAUGUGUGCGGUAUCAUGUUGUCCUGCGGUAAUGUCGGCAAGUUAUCACGCAUUACGACUCUUGUAGACAAAUCGUCUUUUACAACCUUGGCGGGAUUCAUUGACAUUCUUCUCCCGUCCGUGGCUGUUGGAUCUAUGGGGGCUAUUAGCCCGUUGCCGAAUAUUGCACCAAAAUUUUCCACGAAGUUAUGGCGAGCAACCCAAAGCCUUGACACUGCUGCCGAUCGUCAGUCUGCAAGAGAACUCCAGAGUUUAGCCUCGCUUGCAGAGGCGGCUAUACUCAAGAAAGGGUUACCCGGUUUGAAGAGGUUUCUGAGCCAGGAGUAUGGAUAUCCGGCUGCGCCUAGGCUGCCUCUGCCACUAAUGGGGGAUGAGAUAUCUGCUCAGCUGUCUGAAGACAAGCACAUUAAAACUAUCUUGGAGAUGGAGAAGGGUCUGAAGUGA